GCAGUCUUCUUCGAUCGCGUCCAUCGGGAACUCGUCCCAAAUCAGUUUACAGGCUCGUGGUAUGUUUACAAAUUACGCAACCCGUGAGUGAAUAUCUGAUAAACAAAAUGCACGAGCCAUUACACUAGUUAUAAAUCAAGUAACUGCAGUUAUUGAAAAGGAAACAGGAGUUACCAUGGAUUACAAUCAAGAUGUAUUGCCAGCUAACGUGUUGCAUUGGAACUAUAGGGGAUUCACCGAAUUUCCUCUAAGCCGUCUUAGCGGAGAAGAAUCAGAAGUGACGGAUAUUUAUUUGAAGGAGAACCUAAUAUCUCGUGUGCCGAAAGAAAUUUGCAGACUGGAGAACCUUGAAAGUCUGUAUCUAAGUGGGAAUGAUAUUACCGAACUUCCCAAAGAGAUAUCCAAGUUGAGAUGUCUUAAGUGUUUGGACGUAAGUGGGAAUAGGCUGAGAAAGCUUCCGGAUGAGGUUGGUGAGAUGAGAAGCCUAAAGUUUCUGAUAUUAGAUGAGAACGAGUUGACCGAACUGCCGCUCAGAUUGAGCGAACUUCGCGCCCUCCGGUAUCUAUCGGUUUGUGAUAACCAAAUCCAAUGGCUCCCCCAAAAGCCUGUGUACAACUACCACCACUGUGAGUUCAGGUUCUGGAGGAACCUGAGGCUGAAGACGAUCCCAUACUCGCUAUGGUACCACAUGUUCCGCGACCAGCAAACCAGAAGUCUGAAUAUAGGAUGCUUAAACGUCCAAACGGAUCUUCCAGCAGCAAAUAAGAAAAUUCGAUUAAAAAUAGCUCAAGGUUCUAGAGAAAGGGAAAUAGAUAUUAACACUCCUAUACAACAUGAUAAAAUAAUGGGAAGAAACAAAAUCUUUCCACCUAGUCUUUAUGAGCUUGCCAGAAGAAAAAUAUACCAAAUCUUAAGUGAUAUUGCUAAAAGGCACACAGAUCAUAACGAAAUUUCCUCAUGGCGAGAUUAUAAUUAUAAUAAUGUAAGAAACCUUGAACAAAACUUCGAAGAAUUCAAUAUUGAUAGCAAUUAUGAUAUCAAUGGAAACAAUACUGUAACACCAUUGAAUAAGAUCAGUAAUAGUGGAAAAGUAAGAAGUUAUUACGUGCCGAGUGAUAUACUAAAUGAACACUUCAGAUUUCUACCACAGUUCAUGAAGGUUGAGUUGAGUAAUGGGCCAGUAUCAAGAUGUGAAAAUGCUUUGUGCAAAAUUCCAGUCUUCGACUUUGUAUUUUACGAAUUCUGUUUUGGGAAAAUAGUCCUUAUCGACAACAUGACCGAUGUGAUACUCAGUGCAGCUUUUUGCUCCAAAACCUGUGCCGAUACGUGGCGAAUAGGCAAAGAAGUUAUACCCUGGAGUUUGAUAGAAGAUCAUUAAUAAGCACAAUAAUGUUACGGUACAAACGUUGUAGUAGGUAUUAUUAAAAGUACCUAUAUCAUUAUAAAGUUGUUGUUAAC